UGUGAGACCCUGGGGAUCAUCACAGAGACUGAACAUGAGGAUCUGACGCCCACCAGAAGCUCCAGUAAUCAGCAAACGUCCUCUGGUACUGUCAGCAUUAACACCUCUCUCAGUCCCACACAGGAAGAAGGGAAGGUCUGCUCACAGUGUGGGAAGAGCUUCAGGUUCCUGAGUGGUCUCGAAAGACACCAGCGCAUUCACACUGGAGAGAAACCGUAUCAGUGCUCACAGUGUGGGAAGAGCUUUAGUACCCGGGGUCACCUUAAAAGACACCAGCACAUUCACACUGGAGAGAAAUCGUAUCAGUGCUCGCAGUGUGGGAAGAGUUUUAAUCAGCAGUGCACUCUCAAAACCCACCAGCGCAUUCACACCGGAGAGAAACCGUAUCAGUGCUCAGAGUGUGGGAAGAGCUUCAGUACCCGGAAUGAUCUCAAAAAACACCAGCGCAUUCACACUGGAGAGAAGCCGUAUCAGUGCUCAGAGUGUGGGAAGAGCUUCAGUACCCGGAAUGAUCUCAAAAAACACCAGCGCAUUCACACUGGAGAGAAGCCGUAUCAGUGCUCAGAGUGUGGGAAGAGCUUCAGUACCCGGAAUGAUCUCAAAAAACACCAGCGCAUUCACACUGGAGAGAAACCGUAUCAGUGCUCACAGUGUGGGAAGAGCUUCAGUACCCGGAGCCAUCUCAAAAUACACCAGCGCAUUCACACCGGAGAGAAACCGUAUCAGUGCUCGCAGUGUGGGAAGAGUUUUAAUCAGCAGUUUGUUCUGAAAACCCAUCAGCGCAUUCACACCGGAGAGAAACCGUAUCGGUGCUCAGAGUGUGGGAAGAGUUUUAAUCAUCAGUUUGUUCUGAAAACCCAUCAGCGCAUUCACACCGGAGAGAAACCAUACUGUUGCUCAGAGUGUGGGAAGAGUUUUAGUCAGCAGUGCACUCUCAAAACACACCAGCGCAUUCACACCGGAGAGAAACCGUAUCAGUGCUCGCAGUGUGGGAAAAGGUUUAUUGUACAGAGUCAUCUCAAACAACACCAGCGCAUUCACACCGGAGGAAGACCAUAUUGGUGCUCAGAGUGUGGGAGGAGCUUUAAUACAAGCAGUAAUCUUAAAACCCACCAGCGCAUUCACACUGGAGAAAAACCAUACUGUUGCUCAGAGUGUGGGGAGAGUUUUAAAACACCGGGUGAGCUCAAGAUCCACCAGCGCAUUCACACUGGCGAGAAACCGUAUCGGUGCUCACAGUGUGAGAAGAGCUUUAAAACACAGAGUCAUCUUAAAGUCCACCAGCGCAUUCACACCGGAGAAAAACCAUAUUGUUGUUCACAGUGUGGAAAGAGUUUUAGGCUACAGUGUGCUCUCAAAACCCACCAGCGCAUUCACACCGGAGAGAAACCGUAUUGUUGUUCAGAGUGUGGAAAGAGUUUUAAUCAACCAGGUGGUCUCAAAACCCACCAGCGCAUUCACACCGGAGAGAAACCGUAUCGGUGCUCGCAGUGUGGGAGGAGCUUCAGUACCCAGAGUAAUCUCAAAAUACACCAGCGCAUUCACACUAGAGAGAAACUGUAUUGUUGCUCUAAGUGUGGACACUGCUUUGCUUAUUUCUCAACACUCAGGAGACACAUGUGUGAUGCAGAACCAUCAAAUUGUGCCAAAUAUCCAGCAGCGGCGCUAAUAAACCUGAAGGCUGUAGAUCCACCAGCAGGAGUAGAAGAAGAAGAAGAAGCGGAUUCAGCCCGGUUACUGCUGGUGCUACAGAAUCAUCUUCCGAAAUGUUUAGUGUCCAUCAGUGAGCCUGAUCUUCAUGUGUCCAUCAGUGAGCCUGAUCUUCAUGUGUCCAUCAGUGAGCCUGAUCUUCAUGUUUCCAUCAGUGAGCCUGAUCUUCAUGUUUCCAUCAGUGAGCCUGAUCUUCAUGUGUCCAUCAGUGAGCCUGAUCUUCAUGUUUCCAUCAGUGAGCCUGAUCUUCAUGUGUCCAUCAGUGAGCCUGAUCUUCAUGUUUCCAUCAGUGAGCCUGAUCUUCAUGUGUCCAUCAGUGAGCCUGAUCUUCAUGUUUCCAUCAGUGAGCCUGAUCUUCAUGUGUCCAUCAGUGAGCCUGAUCUUCAUGUUUCCAUCAGUGAGCCUGAUCUUCAUGUGUCCAUCAGUGAGCCUGAUCUUCAUGUUUCCAUCAGUGAGCCUGAUCUUCAUGUGUCCAUCAGUGAGCCUGAUCUUCAUGUGUCCAUCAGUGAGCCUGAUCUUCAUGUGUCCAUCAGUGAGCCUGAUCUUCAUGUUUCCAUCAGUGAGCCUGAUCUUCAUGUGUCCAUCAGUGAGCCUGAUCUUCAUGUUUCCAUCAGUGAGCCUGAUCUUCAUGUGUCCAUCAGUGAGCCUGAUCUUCAUGUUUCCAUCAGUGAGCCUGAUCUUCAUGUGUCCAUCAGUGAGCCUGAUCUUCAUGUGUCCAUCAGUGAGCCUGAUCUUCAUGUUUCCAUCAGUGAGCCUGAUCUUCAUGUGUCCAUCAGUGAGCCUGAUCUUCAUGUUUCCAUCAGUGAGCCUGAUCUUCAUGUUUCCAUCAGUGAGCUUGAUCUUCAUGUUUCCAUCAGUGAGCCUGAUCUUCAUGUGUCCAUCAGUGAGCUUGAUCUUCAUGUUUCCAUCAGUGAGCCUGAUCUUCAUGUGUCCAUCAGUGAGCCUGAUCUUCAUGUUUCCAUCAGUGAGCCUGAUCUUCAUGUGUCCAUCAGUGAGCCUGAUCUUCAUGUGUCCAUCAGUGAGCCUGAUCUUCAUGUUUCCAUCAGUGAGCCUGAUCUUCAUGUUUCCAUCAGUGAGCCUGAUCUUCAUGUUUCCAUCAGUGAGCCUGAUCUUGAUCUUCAUGUUUCCAAUGAACCGAAUCUUAGCCUAGCAGUUAAGUCAAAAGAAGAGGAACAAACCAGCACUGUGGAUCUAGAAAAUGGAUUCCAAAAGACAAUAAUAAAGGAAGAAGAUGAAGAUGACGAUUACUACUGUGAAGGAACCUUGAUCCCUGUGGAACACGUCACUCCUGAGGGACACCUGACCCUGGUGGACCAACAGAAUGAAGGUUUCCAGAUGAAGCCUGUGAAGAAGGAGGAAGAUGAAGACCAACUCACAAUGAACAGUGUCCGGUGCUCCACCACAUACAAGCUAAUCCAGACGUGCCAUACUGACAGAUGUGAGACUCUGGUGAACAUCACAGAGACUGAACGCUCACAGUGUGGAAGGAGCUUCAGCACCCGGAGUGGUCUCAAAAUCCACCAGCGCAUUCACACCGGAGAAAAACCUUAUCAUUGCUCACAGUGUGGAAAGAGUUUUAUUCAACUGUGUACUCUCAAACGACACCAGCGCAUUCACACCGGAGAGAAACCGUACCAGUGCUCGCAGUGUGGAAAGAGUUUUAGUGAUCAGUUUGUUCUGAAAACCCACCAGCGCAUUCACACCGGAGAAAAACCACAUCAGUGCUCGGAGUGUGGGAAGAGUUUCAAUACAAGCAGUUAUCUUAAAACUCACCAGCGCAUUCACACUAAAGAAAAACCAUACUGUUGCUCAGAGUGUGGGAAGAGUUUCAAUACACAGAGUGAGCUCAAGAUCCACCAGCGCAUUCAUGCUGGAGAGAAACCGUACUGUUGUUCACAGUGUGGGAGGAGUUUUAAGCAACAGAGUAGUUUCAAAAGACACCAGCGCAUUCACACUGGAGAAAAACCCUACCAAUGCUCACAGUGUGAGAAGAGCUUUAAUACACAGACUCAUCUCAAACUGCACCAGCACAUUCACACUGGAGAGAAACCGUAUCACUGCUUACAGUGUGGAAAGAGUUUUAUUGAUCAGUUUGUUUUGAAAAUCCACCAGCGCAUUCACACUGGAGAAAAACCGUAUCAGUGCUCACAGUGUGGAAAGAGUUUUAUUCAACUGUGUACUCUCAAACGACACCUGCGCAUUCACACCGGAGAGAAACCGUAUCAGUGCUCACAGUGUGGGAAAAGGUUUAAUGUACAGAAUAAUCUCAAAACCCACCAGCGCAUUCACACUGGAGAAAGACCAAAUCAGUGCUCGGAGUGUGAGAAGAGUUUUAAUACACAAGGUGAUCUCAAGAUCCACCAGCACAUUCACACUGGCAAGAAACCAUAUCAGUCCUCACAAUGUGGAAAAAGUUCUAAGAAGACAGUAAUAAAGAAGGAAGAUGAAGAUGACGAUUCCUACUGUGAAGGAACCUUAAUCCCUGAGGAACACGUCACCUCUGAGGAACGCCUCGCUUCACUGGAUCAACAGAAUGAAGGUUUCCAGAUGAAGUGUGUGAAGAAGGAAGAACCUGAAGAUAAAGACGAACUCAGAACAUCGGGAGAAACCGCCCUUGAUGCAUUCCUUAAAUUUAGAGAUUUAAAAGAGAAGGACAGAAAACCAUUCUUCAAAACAACAGUAAAGAUUAAUGUUGGAGUUAUGCGAAGAGCGGAUGAUGUUUUAAAACCUGUAAGAGGGAAGACCAUGUCCCUUCCUGUUGAGCCAAGUUGGUCUUCAGAACAGCUUCUUGCUACAUCUGUAAAAAAGCUAAAAGAUUUUAUCCCGGACUUGAAACAUGGCCCGUUCAACAUGUUAUAUCCUGAUGGCAAAGAAAUAAAAAAUAUUCCAGGAACAGACAGGUCUUUCACAAUCAAGCGAUACAAAGAGGCUUCGGGAAAAGCAUAUCAACGGAUUACGCUGUACAUCUGCAGAGCUGAAGACUUUUUAAACAAAUACAGUGGAGAUUCUUCAUGUUCAGAAGAUGACUCAGAAGUCUAUGUACGAACAAUGUCCAAACCUUCUGAACAUAGUUCACUUCACGACACCCUGCCUUGGGAAGGUCCGGAUAAGUCAAGCACUCCAUGCGCUGAAAGUGCAAAGAGUGCUGAAUUUACUGAAGAGGAUGAAUCUGCAGUGACAGUGGGGGUGCCUGUAUACCAUAACAGGGAAAUUCAACCAUUUCGAUUUGAGCCAGAGACAGAAGAAACUGCACCAAAGAGCGAAGAACAACCUGACCCAGUCGUCAGAAUUGGGAAUUCCGACUGGUGUGCCUGCUCGUCGUGUAUUCCCAUGUUAACAGCUGACGAAAGUGUCUGCUGCAGCGACUACGACCAGACCCUUCAGACUCGUGAGGAAGCCAGCGUGCCGUGCAUUACCGCGCAUCCUGGAUUUCCCAUGGUCUGUCUGGAUGUACAUGUACUAAGAACAGCAUACUAUGCUUAUAGACAAGACUACAUGGAGGAUGCACAACAAUUGCAUACACAACACGAAAAAUUUAGGUACACUGCUUACAGACAAUUUCUCCGCUGGAACUGGGGAUACCUAGGAAGACACAACAGAAUACCAAUCCCCUCCUGUGUUGUCAACUGCAUAAGGGAAACAUUUCCAGAUGAACAAGGAUUACCAUAUACAGGUUUCAGAUUGCCAUGAAAAAAGGAACCACAACUAUAUUUUAUUGUUUCAUGUUUUAUUUGUCAUGCCAAAAUGAAUUAUUUUUUACAUUUCAAAGCUGAUGAAUUAAAAUAAAACAU